AUGGGGAUGCAGGGUGUGGGGAUGCAGGGGAUGCAGGGUGUGGGGAUCCAGGGUGUGGGGAUGCAGGGUGUGGGGAUCCAGGGGAUGGGGAUGCAGGGUGUGGGGAUCCAGGGGAUGGGGAUGCAGGGUGUGGAGAUCCAGGGGAUGGGGAUGCAGGGUGUGGGGAUGCAGGGUGUGGGGAUGCAGGGGAUGCAGGGUGUGGAGAUCCAGGGGAUGGGGAUGCAGGGUGUGGGGAUCCAGGGUGUGGGGAUGCAGGGUGUGGGGAUCCAGGGGAUGGGGAUGCAGGGUGUGGGGAUGCAGGGUGUGGGGAUGCAGGGGAUGCAGGGUGUGGGGAUCCAGGGUGUGGGGAUGCAGGGUGUGGGGAUCCAGGGGAUGGGGAUGCAGGGUGUGGGGAUCCAGGGGAUGCAGGGUGUGGGGAUGCAGGGUGUGGGGAUGCAGGGUGUGGGGAUGCAGGGUGUGGGGAUGCAGGGCGUGGGGAUGCAGGGUGGGGAUCCAGGGGAUGCAGGGUGUGGGGAUGCAGGGUGUGGGGAUCCAGGGGAUGGGGAUGCAGGGUGUGGGGAUGCAGGGUGUGGGGAUGCAGGGGAUGGGGAUCCAGGGGAUGGGGAUGGUGUGGGGAUGCAGGGGAUGCAGGGCGUGGGGAUCCAGGGUGUGGGGAUGCAGGGUGUGGUGAUCCAGGGGAUGGGGAUGCAGGGUGUGGGGAUCCAGGGGAUGGGGAUGCAGGGUGUGGGGAUCCAGGGGAUGGGGAUGCAGGGUGUGGAGAUCCAGGGGAUGGGGAUGCAGGGUGUGGGGAUGCAGGGUGUUGGGAUGCAGGGUGUGGGGAUGCAGGGUGUGGGGAUCCAGGGGAUGGGGAUGCAGGGUGUGGGGAUCCAGGGGAUGGGGAUGCAGGGUGUGGGGAUGCAGGGUGUGGGGAUGCAGGGUGUGCUGUCACUGGGUGCCGACGUCCUCCCAGAGUACAAGCUCCAGGCACCUCGUAUCCACAAGUGGACCGUCCUCCACUACAGCCCCUUCAAGGCGGUGUGGGACUGGCUCAUCCUGCUGCUGGUCAUCUACACGGCCAUCUUGACCCCUUACUCCGCCGCCUUCCUCCUCCACGACCAGGAAGAGGCAGCCAUGUUGAACUGUGGCUACUCGUGCUCGCCGCUCAACGUGGUCGACCUCAUCGUGGACAUCAUGUUCAUCGUGGACAUCGUCAUCAACUUCAGGACGACAUACGUCAACACUAACGACGAGGUGGUCAGCGCCCCGCUGAGGAUAGCGAUCCACUACUUCAAGGGCUGGUUCCUCAUCGACAUGGUGGCAGCCAUCCCCUUCGAUCUGCUCAUCUACCGCAGCGGAGAGGAGACGACCACUCUGAUUGGCCUGCUGAAGACGGCCCGCCUCCUCCGGCUAGUCCGCGUGGCGAGGAAACUGGACCGCUACUCAGAGUAUGGCGCCGCCGUCCUCUUCCUGCUCAUGUGCACGUUCGCCCUCAUCGCCCACUGGCUGGCGUGCAUCUGGUACGCCAUCGGCAGCGUGGAGCGCAACGGCAGCAUCGGCUGGCUCCACACACUUGGCGAGUCGUUGGGGAAACACUACAACGACACGGUGCGAGGCUCGGGCCCCUCCAUAAAGGACAAGUAUGUCACAGCCCUCUACUUCACCUUCUCCAGUCUGACCAGUGUGGGCUUUGGCAACGUCUCCCCCAACACCAACUCUGAGAAGAUAUUCUCCAUCUGUGUCAUGCUCAUAGGAUCUCUGAUGUACGCCAGUAUUUUUGGUAACGUGUCGGCCAUCAUCCAGAGGUUGUACUCGGGUACGGCCAGGUACCACACCCAGAUGCUACGGGUCAGAGAGUUCAUCCGUUUCCAUCAGAUCCCCAACCCACUGAGACAGCGGCUGGAGGAGUACUUCCAACACGCCUGGUCCUACACUAACGGCAUUGAUAUGACCGCUGUGUUGAAGGGGUUCCCAGAGUGUCUCCAGGCUGACAUAUGCCUUCACCUUAACCGUACCCUCCUGGAGAACUGCAAGGCCUUCAAGGGCUCCACGAAGGGCUGUCUGCGGGCCCUGGCCAUGAAGUUCAAGACCACCCACGCCCCGCCUGGCGACACCCUGGUGCACGCCGGUGACGUGCUCACCGCCAUCUACUUCAUCUCCCGUGGCUCCAUCGAGAUCCUCAGAGGCGACGUGGUGGUGGCCAUCUUGGGGAAGAAUGAUAUCUUUGGCGAGCCUAUCAACCUGUACGGGCGGGCUGGAAAGUCCAAUGCUGAUGUGAGAGCUCUGACCUACUGUGACCUCCAUAAGAUCCACAGAGAGGACGUCCUGGAGGUGUUAGACAUGUACCCAGAGUUCUCCGACCACUUCUGGAUGAACCUGGAGAUCACCUUUGACCUCCGGGAUGCCAAUAUGAUUCCAGGCUCUCCAGAAAGUGACAACUCAGACUGUGUAGGAUUCAACAAACUGCGCAGACGCAAAUUAUCCUUCCGGCGCCGGACAGAGAAGGACGACGCCGAUGCAGGAGAAACUAAAAAGGAGAGAUCCAACAAGCCAGUUCGGCGUAGACGGAAGGAGGCGGCCAGUAAGCAGGGGGUGGGGCUUAAGCCAGACUGGGAUGGACCUCGGAGUUCAGUGUCCACCCACUCCAGCAGUGGCGAGGGGGAGGAGUCUGUGGUCACAUGCCCCGCCCCUCAGUCAGCGCUGCAUGAGAUGUCCCCGGCUCAGGCCACCUCUCUGAUCUUUAGGGACAAUCCCGAGGGGGAGGGGGAGGGGGACCACAAGGGGGGCAACACCUGCAAUGCACUCUCAGGAGCAUUUUCAGGGGUCUCAAACAUCUUCAGUUUCUGGGAGAGUCGGGGCAGUCGUGAGUACCAGGAGUUGCCUCGCUGCAGCCUGCCUUCCUCCCCCCCUCUCAACAAUAUCAGCCGCAGGCAGCGCACCGAGCUGGACAACAGACUGGACCUGCUGCAGCAACAACUCAACAGGCUGGAAACGAGGAUGUCGACAGACAUCGGGGAGAUCAUGCAGCUACUACAACGUCAGAUGGCCCUUGUGCCCCCAGCCUACAGCACCGUGUUGACUGCCCCUCAGGCCUCCCCCUACCCUGGUCCCGGUCCCAGUCCUGGUCCCGGUCCUGGUCCUGGUCCUGGUCCCGGUCCCGGUCCCAGUCCUGGUCCUGAAUACAGGCUGGUGCAGCCUGUCACCACCCUGGAGUCAGAGGCACUGGCUUCACUCGCUCAGGGCUUUGAGGAGUUCCCCGGCAAGUCCGCAGCCCUGCGGGAUGUCCGCAGCCCUGCUGAGCUACACCCCGGAGUCUGGCCUCUGGUCAGCCCAACUGAGACACGACGAGCCCCCUCUGGACUGGGCAGCCUGGAGCUAGACCUAGAGGUUGAGGAAAGGGUGGGGGCAGGGGUGGGGGCAGGUUCAGGAACAGGGUCAGUGGCAGAGUUGGGGGUAAUGGCAGGGGCGAGUGGGCUGGACCCUGAUGCCCAACGGAGGCUCUCUCUGCCUCAGCCACAAAUGCACCUGGACUCACAGACACCGAAAAGGCACAGCUCUGACCCUAGGGGGAGCUAAUGAGCAGGGGAGGGAGGAGAAAAUGGACAGAGAGGGAGAAGAGGGAGAAGAGUGGUAUCUCUGUUUUCCCUUCUCUCACGGGGAGGGGGGGGGGGCUCUGGAACCUCUGGAACCUCACCUACAGGCUCUGAGUGAGCCUCACCUCUGACCUCUAACCUCUGACCUGGGGAGAAACCUUGUUGGGAGAGGGGGGAUGUCUCUCCCUUUCAGGGCUCCCUACCCCGGUUCCUAAAGUUACCACAAGGUUACCAAACCCACAGGCUGGAAGAGAGAGGGGAGCAAGAUCCUCCUGAACUCCACUCUGACCUGGAGAAAUGACUACAGAACACAUGACCGGUUCUGUUCAGAACAUCCCUGUACUGCUCUAUCCAGGAGCCCUGAUCAAGGUCGGUUUCAUUUCGGUUCGAAAUAAUCAACGAUUUCCUCAUUUUUAAAUAUCACUUAUUAACCAUAAUUUAUUCACAUUACUUUACUUUAAUAAAAUAUUUUAGUUGUUGUGUAUAUUACAUUAGUUUUAAUUUGAUGACUUUACUAUUUCAUUCCAAGUCAUCAUCUCAUCUUUGUGGAGCUGCUGUCUGACAACAUCACUAUUUGAGAAGUUCUUCAAAGUAAAUAAGGCAUUGUUGUAUGACUGCUGAAUACCAACUAUCAAUCACUUAGAUCAUGUAUUUUCAGGUAGAGAUAUCCUUCUCCAUGGCGUGUUUACCAUGUUUUCUGCGCUAAACUAUGUUGAAUAUUGACCUGUUAGAAACUACAACUCCCUACUACAUCGCACAGUUCGGGCUAGCCUUGAUCUGAUUUGUCUCUAGAGAAACUACAACUCCCUACUACAUCGCACAGUUCGGGCUAGCCUUGAUCUGAUUUAUUUCUAGAGAAACUACAACUCCCUACUACAUCGCACAGUUCAGGUUAGCCUUGAUCUGAUUUAUUUCUAGAGAAACUACAACUCCCUACUACAACGCACAGUUCGGGCUAGCCUUGAUCUGAUUUAUCUCUAGAGAAACUACAACUCUUUACUACAUCGCACAGUUCGGGCUAGCCUUGAUCUGAUUUAUUUCUAGAGAAACUACAACUCCCUACUACAUCGCACAGUUCAGUCUGGAUCUGAUUUAGCUGUAGAGAAACUACAAUGUGCGCAUUGAGCUCACAGAAAGAAGGAAAUGGAAUUCAAGUAAUUUAACUGAUGUGGGUCAAUUAGUCAUGAAAAAAAACUAAAAAUAACAGACAAUUUGGUGAAUCGCUCAGCACUAGUAUCCAUUAGUGGAUUACCAUAAUGAAUAAGACAAAAACAAAAAAUAAUUAUACAAGUUGCAAUUCUGUAUUUUAUCUAACAUGUCCGUGGAGCUUCUGAAAAAUGCUUGGUUAGUUGGUGGACUGUAGAUUUAGCUGGUCUAGCAGAAAAC